AUGAAGAAACAUUAUCUAUACGGUGAAGGAUCUAAGCCACCAAACUGUACUCUGUCAAAGUACGUUAAGAUUUAUUGUGGAACGUGUAAAGAACUUUAUGGGUUGUUCAUUUCUUUUCAGAUAUCCGUCUGUGAUGACUACAGCUUACCGAUUGACUUUGUAAAGAAACGACCGUCCAGUUUUGAUCCUUGCCUCGUUCAACAUAUACCAAACAAUUGGGCCUCACCGAGUCCACAGUCAGAUCACGUUUCAUUUCUUGAACCAUUAAUACUGCAACAACCCUUGUCAGCGGUUCCGACCAUCAACAGUAACAUACCGGGUAUCGGACCGACAUUAUCUGGUAUCCCGGCAACAGUUGGUACGAUCAGUGGACAUCCACCGACGCUUCCUCCACUUCCAACGACAUCCGGUCCUGCGAACUGUGCUCCACAAUCUGUUGACGCAGCGACAGCGGCCGCGGCAAACACCGUUGCCAUCAAGACCGUAGAAGAAAUCUUUGAUACGCAUCGCAGUUACAAGGCGACCGGACGCCACCGGACACGAAGCCGUGCCCGAAGGCCGGACAGCUGUUCGGAAGUCAAAUACAUUAAUCAAAAUUUUAGCUCAGGAUCAUCGGCACCGAUCACCUCAGAGGAAGAGGACAACGACGAAGAAGAGGACGAAUUAAGCAAGAUACCGGAGCUCAACUCCCCCGAUAGUAUUUCGGACGACUUGGUACAGCCUUUGCCGUUGCGCCAAAGUCCAAUCAAAACAACCGGUCCGAACAACUCGAUUCGAAAUCCUUCUCCCUAUUACUAUUCUGAUCUGUUGAAGAAUAAACAACAACAGCAACUCGACCAGGACCAGGGCACUGAUCAGCAGCCCCGUCAGGAGCCAGCAGAAGAGGAAGCCGAUUCGAACAGGCAGACAUCUGGCACUUCAGCUGCAGGAAAUAUUCGCCAAGCGCGAGAGGCUGGCGUUCGAUACAAGAAGAGCAGUAGCCUAGACACGCCGGGCGCAGAGAAGGAAGUGUGCCUGCCAAAGCGGUACUCGAUCACUGAAGAGGGCGUGCGAAUAAUUCGUUGCGAUUCGCCCUCGACGACUACCUCGGACGAUUCGGACUGCUCCGAAUGUCGCAAGCGGCGCGCCUGGCACGCGCAAGCACUGGCCAUUGCUAGAGCCAGCUGUAACAUUGGACCCCUGCUCGAUGCUAGUUCGAUGCCACCGCACCGUUUGCUUGGUCCGGCGGCAGUCUGUGCCUGUGUGACGCCUGCCUACGGCGAGGAUAACGAUGAACUCUUCCGUCCGCGGAGCAUCUUCUAUGUGCACCAGCCGGGCGCCACAGACUGCGCUGACUGUUUACUGAGCGACCCAUCCGUGCUACCGCCAGCAGAGGCGGGCACCGCCGACGACAUGGCUAACGUGCGCACCCGUCAGAUAUACGAGACGGCGUUCGACUCGAAGAUCACCCGCUCGGACGACGAUCUGGACGAAGUGGACCGGAUCACCAACCAGAGCGUGCUGCUGCAGCUGACCAAGAGCAAUAGUAGCAGCGCCAGCAAUAUGGUAUCGGCCAGCCAGAGUCGCAACAAGCGGCUCGAUUCGAAGCGGACCAAGUCCGCAGCCAGCAAGACGCCUUCCAGCAACCCAGCUGUUUCCGCAGUCAACACUGAAGCGACGGGCGCCAGCGUAGAAGCCGGCAGUCAGGCCGAGCAGCUGUCACAGGACCUGCAGGAAAAGCUGCAGAUUGACAAACAAAUGGACAAUAUCGCCAACGCUAACUCCACGUCUUCCUCUCAGCUUCCUUUGCGCGGAUACACACCGUCCCCUCCGUCGACCGCACCGCUACCGAUGAAGUUCCCGGGCAAGCACGAUCGGUUCUUCAUCAACAGCAUUAAGAGUGCCCCAAAUCUUCCCGCUUCCAACGUCGGUGCACAGCAUCCACGACUGAAGGACCUCCGGCUAGACAUACAGCACGUGCGCAACAACGACGUUCCUUCCGGGAGCUGUGAUGGCAGCAUGAACGACGGCCCGUUCGCCCACAACUCGAAAGUCGGCGAACGGCCCCGAUCGACGCUGUGUUUGGAGCCGGAGCGGGUUCUCGAGCUGAAGCGUGGCCAUCGGUCCGCCCAUCACCACCACGGAAAACAGCAGCAACAGCGUGGCCGUAAUUUUUCCUCCACUGAGAGCAUGGCGACAUCAAGCAGCGGUGGCAGUAUGGAGUCGCUAAAAUCCAGCACCAGCGAGGGUAACCGGAGUACCUCGAGCUCCGACUCGCGCCACUCGUCUUCGCUCAGCUCGCACAGCUCCGACUCGGGGCCAUCGAUGGCGUAUCCGCUGCGAGUACCGGUGGUGGUGCACAACAAGCUCAACAUUCUCAGUCCUAUAUCGGACAAGUCGUCACAGGAGCCCGGUUCCGAGACAUCAGAUAUUAACAAUCGCAACAACAACUCCCAGAAACAGUCUCCCGUAGACGGGAUGGCUACGGCGACCGGCGUUGCCGCCGGAACCGGUACCCUUACUUCCACCAAGAAGGAUGUUGAUGAAUGUACCAGCGGAGCGGGGCUCAUUGGUACCGAGGCUGUGAAGACGAGCGUUACAAAGAGACGUUCUGCGCCGAACAAAGCGUUGUUGGUGAUAACCGGACCUGAAAUCCAAGGAUCGGACAGCGGAAUCUCACUCCACUCGCGCGAAGACCUCAAAUCGCGUACGAACUUCCUCAACCUUGGCAUUCAGCGAGCCUCGAUGGGACUGGAGAAGCAGAACGAUCAUGGCAAGGUGGCCGCUCUUCCGCAGGACCUUCACGAUCUUCCAUUCGACAUGCCAAAGCUACGCAGAAGACGUGCCCAUUUGCAGCAGGAACCCUGCACGUCGGGCAGUGUCACGUCGGUGGACGUAGGUGAUUUACCCUUUGACAUGCCGAAACUACGGCGUCGUUUGCGAUUGUCGCAGAAUCAGCAGCAGCAGCAGCAUCAACUGCAACAGCAACAACAGCAGCAGCUGCUGCAGCAAUCCAUUCCAACCGUACCGUCUACCUCGGCGGCCAUGCUCCUGCAGACGAGCACGGAAUCUAGUGGCCUAUCGCAGGCCUCAUCCAGCUUGUCGAUGCGAGACUCCGAUAACAAGCUGGCCAUGGGUGGAGGUCUAUUUAAACAAAGCCUUACCCUAAAUCUGAACGAAUGUGGCAGCAGACCGCCGAAAAAGUUCGGCACGCUCGACCUCGGGCUGAAUCUGGGAUCGAACCGCCCGCACGUGGACGUUAUCGACGCUUCCAUCCCUCUCGAUCGUCAGGGCUGGUACCAUGGUUCCAUCAGCCGUAUCGAUGCCGAAAAGAUACUGCGUCCGCUGUCGGAGGGCAGCUUCCUGGUGCGAAACAGUGAAUCCACACGACAAGACUAUUCGCUGACCUUAAAGAGCGCCAAAGGUUUUAUGCACAUGCGGAUCCAACGGGAUGCCGACUCGGGACAGUUCAUUCUCGGACAGUUCAGCCGCCCGUUCCCAACCAUACCGGACAUGAUACGGCACUUUUGUCUGAACCGCCUGCCCGUACGCGGGGCCGAGCAUAUGUGUCUUCUCGAGCCUGUCAUUGCACAGAUUCUAUGAGCGGUGGACAACCGCCGAAUUAGGAAGCACCACAGGUCCAGGACGUUCUGUCGCUUUUGAAGAGAUUUUCGUGGACGGUAAGGAGCACGUUUUAGUCCCGAUAGCUUUGUACAUGCAACUUGUCGGUCAGUUUCAUAGCAAAGUGAAGCAAGUGAAGCAAUGCAUACAUACAUUUUUAAACAGCACCUUUAACCGUUUGUCUACAUGCUGAUAAUGCCUUGAGGUCCCGUGCCGUCCGAGCGCAGGAUUCACAGUACGUGAAAGGUUCACACUUAAUUGUUGAUAGCAGCAGGAAAAUUAAAGGCCUCAGUUAAGCCAAAAAGCAUCAUCAGAGUAGAAAGCAGAGCAAUUUGAUCGAGUAGUAGAUGCUGAAACCCGUACGCGUUAGGUUUGCAGGGCAUUACCAACAGAAGAAUACUUUUGUUUAGCGAACAGAUCCUUCAAUUUCCUUACCGAAUGAUUGGUUUGCUGGGUUAUCGUUUUGAUUUCCAUUGGUGACAAUAAUUGUUUUGUUCUGGAGAACAACGGAACGAGAUGAAAGGAACGCAUUUGGAGCGUUAUCGAGCAGAAGUACGCAUAAAGAUAGCCCAGGUUAGAUGAAAACGAGUUGGACAGAAAUGAUGAAUGAUUAUGUCGGCUGAAGCAUGGAAUGUAGGGAUGGGCUAAGAAGGAAAAAGGCGAGGAAAAAUAUAUAAAGUGUAUGUAAAGUAUAAACGAUGUAGCGCAGGUCGAAGGUGAAAUGUCGUUUCAAAUGUUGUGAUAUACGCGGUGUGGUUUUUAUGUUUGAUGAAAUUCACUGGUUUCUUCCCCAUUUCACGUUACAUUAAUUCUUCAUAGGUUCUUUGAUACGUCGAUAAGUAUGUGAAUAGGUUGGUCGAAGCUGAAUUGCGUUGGAUCAAUUAUGAGGAAUCAGGAGGUCGACGCAAAUCGAUACACUACAAUCGGUUUCUAGAAAUAGAGAAAGAAAGAAAAAGAGAGAGAGAGCGGAUCAGAGAAGAGAAGAAUAAUGAAAAACGAUGAGAGGCUAACUAUAAACAAUAAUAUUGUGUGGGAUUACCGUGUUAGUAGAACCGAAUGCCAAAGUAAAAAAGAACAUACUGUGAAGCGCCUAGAUUCAUGACGAGAUGAGCACCGUUUUCUUCCUUGAUUCAGUUCCCAAAAGGCUAUUUUAGAAUCUGAUCUCUAAUUUGUUGGAAAGUCGAUAUCAGGUUUAUACCGAGUGCAAUACUACGCGUUAAUAGCUCCUGGAACCGAACUUGAGGAAGCGCUGUAAUAGUGUAGCUAUAGACGAUACAUUUCUGUACUAGUGUAGCACUUUUCUAGAAGUGAGACAAGUUUUGGCCCCCAACAAGGUAUUCGAUUCGAUACAGUCAAUCUAAAAUAAACUAUCCCCAAAACGGUGCAAUUAGCAGUACAGUGCAGCACCGAGGACUUUAUAUGUUACUAUUCGUUUUUGCUAUACUUUGAGGUACAAAUCAAGAAAAGCUAGAAAAAGCUGUACUAUUUCGACUUAAUUUUAUAAUCUCCAUUUAUUUUCCUCGCAGUGGAAAUUGUUUUCCUGCAUUGAUUAUUCAACACCCUAUAAUUAUCUCUUCUAGGAGGCUGAACGAUUUGUAUUCCUGCUAUAUUAAUCGUAGUAUGACAGCAUUGCAGUACAUUGUGUUGUUUAUUACAUGAAUGAAUCAGUUCAGUGGCGUAGUAUAGGGUGAAAACUGUUCAUUACACAGAAUUCUCUCGGAAACUCUCAUACACAUAUUAACAAUCACGUAGUGAUGCAAAAGGCUAUUAUAGACAUUGAUAAAUAUAUUAAAAAAAUAUUUAA